AUGCUCUUCGCCCGCCCCGGCGUGGGCUCCGAACGGGUGGCGACGACGGAUCGGGAUCGGAACCACCACCACCUCGAAUACGAGUUCUUGGCGUUUGAUCCCGCGGUCUCGUCGGAUUACGAGGUGGUCAUGGUCCCCUACGUCGUUGUUCCUCCCGAAUCGAAAGAUGUUGGUGAGCCUGGUGGAGGUGGUGCUGGUGCCAUGUUGCAUUCAGAAUGGCCGCCGUCGCCGUGGAUCCUCACCGUCUUCUCGUCGGCGACGGGGCUGUGGGAGGAGAGGUCGUUUCUUCGGCGAGGUGAGCCUGCGGGAACUGUCGCCGACCUGCGGCCAAACUGGUGGAGAAAUUGGCGGGAGGAUGGGCGCGCUGAAUACUGGCGAGGCAUGCUCUAUGUUCACUGCGAGACUAACUUUGUCAUGAGAAUAUCAUUGUCAGAUAGCACGUAUCGAGUAAUCAAACCCCCAAGAUGUUUUGGGGAUCAUCAGGAGUUUGUGAUAGGAAGGUCAAAGAAGGGGAUUUACUCUGCAUUCCUUGAUGAUAAGUAUCGCCUUUGGAUCUGGAUCCUUGAUGAAUCAUGUGACGAUCAAAUAGAGUGGAAACUGAUGCACGAUAGUGGUCGGGGGAUUGCAUUUCCAAGUCCAAGUCUUGGCCGUGGACCCUGGAUCUUAUAUGACCUUGGAAGUGAAGACCAAGAUGAUGAAGAUGAAGCGCAAGCGCAACUGGAUCAACACCAAGAUGAUCAAAAUGAAGCGCAGCUUGAUCAAGAAUUCGAAUGGAACUCCGAUGACGACAACGACAGUAAUAUUAUUCUGCCCACCGAUGAUGUAACUGAAGAGCGUCGCAGGUUUGUUCAAGUUAUGGCGUUUCAUCCUUACAAAGAGAUCGUCUUCUUCCAUGUAUCAUCAACAAGAGUGAUGGCGUAUCAUUUGAGUAGCUCUAAAGUCCAAGACUUGGGCGCAUUGUUGCCUGUGACUUUCAUGUCUUGGCAAAGACAUGAAUAUAUCAGAAAUUAUUUUCCAUACACGCCUUGUUGGAUGGGAGAGUUGCCUGAAGAAGAAUUCGAGUAAACCGAAGAUCGGCAUGUAUUGCAUCGAAUCAAAAUUGUUCUAUCAAUAAAAUGCAUAGUUUUAUCCUCU